UAGGUCACACGUUCCUCAGCGCAGUCCACACCAUGGAGGGCGGGUCCUAAACAAAGAGGGAGAUACCGAGUUUAGGACUGAGGGGUGAAGCCUGAGCUCUCACUCACUGCGCGUCAAAGUUGCUGAAAGUUUGGUGGAAAGGUGGAGAAUGACCAACCACUCCUCAUACUGUAACGGCAUGCAGAACUCGCGGAGGGAGCACCUGUACAAGGUGCUGGUUAUCGGAGACCUGGGGGUCGGGAAGACCUCCAUCAUCAGGCGGUACGUGCAUCAGACCUACUCCACCAACUACAGAGCUACCAUCGGGGUGGACUUCGCCCUGAAGGUGCUCAACUGGAACUCAAAGACUAUCCGGCUUCAGCUGUGGGACAUUGCAGGUCAAGAACGCUUUGGAAACAUGACAAGAGUGUACUACAGAGAAGCCAUGGGAGCCUUCAUAGUAUUCGAUGUGACACGACACACUACCUUCGAGGCUGUGGUCAAGUGGAAAGAAGAUCUAGACUCCAAGUUAACAUUAGCUGAUGGACAGAGCAUCGCCACUGUGCUGCUAGCUAACAAAUGUGACCAAGGCCGAGAGAUGACCAACAACAGCGCCAAAAUGGAUCAGUUCUGCAAAGACCACGGCUUUGUUGGCUGGUUCGAGACUUCGGCUAAGGACAAUCUCAACAUCAGUGAAGCUGCAAACUUCCUAGUCAAGCACAUCAUGGCCACAGAGAAUGAAAUCCUGAAAAGUGUAAUACCAGAUACUAUUUCACCACACUUUGACUACAACAAGCAGUCCAGCUGCUCUGGCUGUCUCAAAUAAUCAAUCAGUCUCUGGAGAGAAUAUAGACCUAGAUGGACAACAAUGGGCAAAGACAGACAGGCAUGUCAAAAGGACUUUCAAGGAAGUGUACAUGGGAAGGAGUUUGGCUUCUUUGUUCCAUAAAGGAGAUGAAUAUUUUAGUUUGCUGCAUUUUCUGGUGGACUCGAUGCUGAACAUCAAUUUUACAGACUUUUGUAACUUAAAAUACUGUGAGCUUUUAUGUUUUUAGCCUUCAAACAAGCAGCUGGUGUCAGGCCAAAACCUCCUAUCUCCAUUUUUCUUUAUUUUAGUUAUUUUUUCAGUGCUGUUGGUUUACAUCUGCCAGUUAGUUUUACAAGUUUUAAACAUUAAGAAGUGUCGACAAUAUGUUUAAAGUGUUAAAAUUAAUUGACUGAUUAAUUUACAUCCCUGAAAAUGGUGAUUUUUGGAGACUGGAAGUUUUGGCCCAAUGGCAGCAAAGUAUAGCAUCAGACAGCCCUAACACUGUUUUUGACAUCAUUACUUAAAGCUCCUGUGAGGAACUUUUUGUUUCACGUUGACUGUAGCGCCCUCCUGUGGAAAAAGUGAAAGUGCAACCAGGUGUAUCUCUGAAUUUAAAUCUUUGCCAUGGAAAACAUAAACAAAGAUCGUCUCUGCUGUAGAGAUGCACUGAUAGUAAAAAUCAGGGCUGAUAGUGAUACAGAUAUUUUUUUUCUUUACUUCUUUUGGUGCAGCAUUCCCACAUGCUGUUCUUUUCUCUUAUGUUUAACCACAACAACAGAAUUCAGACAGGUCACAUUUUCUGCCCCAUGAUACAUUCUUUCACUAAAUCGGCUGUUAGAAGUGCUAAGUGCACUGAAUUACACUGUUACAAUAUAACAGAUAAACAUCUGCUUAUAGCAUUAGUUCAUGCCCACAUUAUUUGCUUUGUCAAAAAGGUCUAUUGGGGCUUUUUCCACUAAGCCAAGCCAGACCCAGCCAUGCUAAUUUACUUUUCAUUCACUGGUUUGGCUGUGCCAGGCCAUGCCGAUAAUGGUUUUGCUCAAAGUGAGCCUGCCCCGACUCCAAGCGUAGCCUGGCGACAUCACAGGGUGUGAUUUGUGGGGGUUGAUUUACACCCUUCUGCUUUCAGCCCACUGGGAGAUAUGUGUUACGUGCCUCUGCUGGGGCUGCAACUCCUUAACAGUGGUUGUCUAAUGUCAGCAUUUGCUGUAUAACUGAAAUGUUUAUGAAAACGACCAAAACUCAAGAUUCAUGUGCUUAUGCUGUGGUCCGAUAGUUGCGCACCGCCUGAGUUCUCACACUGACAAGUGAAAUCAAGAAGGACAAAGUGCACAUCCAGUAUUACAACUUUUUCCGUACCCACUAAUAGCAAAAGUUAAACCUUUUCCCCUUCUUAUAGACAAGUUCCUGACUUUAAGAAUAAAAUGCUGUACAUGUUCGACACAUUUAGCCCAUGAUAAAGACAGUCUUUAACGUGUUAACUGGUGCUAGUUAAGCAUGCCGUUCCCUUUGCCCAAUCCUAAAAUAUGAUUGUGUUCUUUCUGUAAUAUCCUGAGACCCAUAAAUCAAUCAUCAGAAGACUGUUAUUUAACUUCUAUGCAGGAACAUCCUUUUUUGAUAAGCAUAAGUAUUGUUCAUCCAUUGAUUGCAGAAAGAAAGAGAAUGGGAAAAGAGCGGCAUGCGGCGCUGUUGGCAUACAGUUUGAGUUUUGCUUAAAAUGAUGUAAAGUCAAUCAGACCUGACAUUGUAGAGAUCAGACUGUGGAUGAGAUGAAGAUGGGCUCAAAACACCACGUCAUCAGCUCUAGAUGCGCCCUAAAACGGGUAGCACAGUUAUGGUGAAAAAGCAAAUCCCCUGCAGUGAUGGGCUGCCGUGUCGGGUCAAACCAAGUCGAGCCUUGUAAUGGAAAAGCCCCAAAUGUUGGCUAAUACAGACGCAAUUGUGCAUCCCGACUCAGUGUUGUGCCUCUUUCUCUGACACCUACCACAUGGAGGUGAUUACAAGCUUUGAAAUUACUAUGUUGAAAUGAUCAGUCUUGUUAUUUAUGGCUAUGUAUUCUUUUGUAGGUCAUAAAGAGGUAUCAUCAUUGAAUUUUGUCUGUUUCAUAACCAUCUAAAAACUCCUCACAGGAGCUUUAAUGUAUCAAAGCAUCAUUUUGGGGGUGUUCCUUUUAUCACUGUAAGCUUACUUGGUCCUUUUAACACUAGAACGGCCAUGGGGUCACAUUUACCGAAGGCUUUAUAUUGAUAAAAUUUUAAAGUCUGUCAGUCGUUGACUUUUCCUUAAAGUUCUUUCUGUCGCAUGUCAUAAAAAUGUAUGCAUAAUCUAAAUUUGAUAAAUGGUCAGUUAUACCUAGAACCACCAAGCCGGUUAAAUUUACCCCAUAAGAAACCAUUGAUUUUCCCUGUUUAAUUUCACACCAGAUCAGCAAUAGAUGCUGCAAUGGGAAUACUCUCUGUUGCUGCACUACCUAAUCAGAAGUUAUGGAUCAAACUUCAGCAUGGAUACCACAAGCUAAAAAAAGAGAUUAAUUAUGUGAAAUGGCAAAAGAAAUGCUCAGUGCUUUAAAUGAAAAAAAAAUCUGAUGUUGGGAAGUGUUAGGACUGAGCAAUCAGUCCUAAGACAAUUUUAUUUGCGAGACAUCAUCAUCCGUCAGUGAUCUAGGGCGCUUUUUGUGGUCAACAAGCUGUUCAUUGUCUGCAUUUAAAUAAAUGCUCUUGAUCAGUGCGCUUUAAUAACGGGUCAGUUUGACCUGCCGGCUGUUCAGGAUAUGUAGAGAUCCCCAGCGGUUCUAGUGUUGAAAUAGUUUGUCUGGCCUGACCAUACCAGACUUAAAAUAAAAAGUCUGAUUCAACUGUUAAUUCUGUUCUUUGCUAUUUCUGGCACAGAAGUACAGAAGCCCAAAGUGUACAAAUAUUUGUAAAUUUUUUCAUUUUAACUCGUUUUCCCUCUGAAAGUGAGUACAUUUUGGUCACUGGCUCAAGAAUGCCACUUAUUUGUCUCAUUUUCUUAAGAUAGCAUGCUGUUUUUCUCAUGAUGUGUCACAUUGGGAUGAUUUCAGGCCCAAUUUUGGGUCAAAUUUGCCCACACUUUUUUUUUGGGGGGGGGGGGGUAAAGGCUUGUCACAAUUAUUUGUCAAAAUUAUCUUUAUGUGUGUGGCGUAAUAUGAUUGAGUCAGAGUCUACCUGAUUGGGAAUUGGAAAUUGUAGGAAUACCUCUCCAUAUCCCUUGAGGGUGCCAGGCUGGGUAGAAUAAUCAGAUAAGUACUUUCGCAGCUCACCAACGUAAAUACAGGGAAAGCAUCAUCUCAGCCUGGAUUCAUCCAUAUUUCUUUUCAUUUUUUUUUUUUUUAUUGCUGCAAAGUCAACCAAGACAGCCAGCUAAGGAUGAUCUUCUUCAUGAUGAUCUUUUUGAUUUUCUGAAGUCACGUUUGAUAAAAAGUUUCUGUGAGAUCUUGUGUCUGAGUUAAUUGGUUAAGAUUUGAAAAAAACUGUCUGAUAUUUAUCCAGCCUUACUUUUUUCUGAUCUUAAUGAAUGGGAAACCAGCCUUGUUAUCCUGUGAUUAUGAGACAAAUGAAAUCUCUCAAAAACAGAAUAAAUCAAAUGUAGGGAUGCAUGUCCUUUUUGGGCUUCCGUACAUCUGAUAGUGUUGCUGUGGCUGCUCUCUUUCAGGAGCAAAUGAAAGCAGUGUUGAUGACUUUGAGUGGACCCUGUACAGAUGGCUUCAGUGCCAUUAUGUGAAUUUGCACAUGCAUUACUUAUUUCUAUGAUUAAUUUAUUUACAGUGAAUGUUUAUGAAACACUUUUAUGUAAUGCUGGUUAGUUUGUUAUGUCAGUCUGCUGAAGUAUUCCUCACAGCAGUGUUAGCCUUAUUAAAGCAGGAAAAUUAAGUAACAAUGCAUCACUAUUAAUAGCAACGACUUGUUGCAGGGCUAGCAGCUGCAAAGGAAAUGAAACUAACACGUAUAGACACACAAACAGCCUGGAGUGUGCGUGGUUAAAACUCGUCCUCAGCCUGUGGGCAGCUGCUGGAGAAGUCCGGUUUUUGGUGAUGAAAGGUUUGUCACACGUUUGGUGGUUUGUUUGGUAAUGGAGGAGAGUGGGUGUUAUUUUUUUCUGUAUCUGAAGGAAAGGAGCGCUGAUUGUCUGGAUGUAAACCGGACUUUCUUGUGAGUUUGCCUGCCAGAGUCGAACCCUCGGUUUCCAUGGUAACUGGAUCAAGUCUUUUUUUAUGGGUAGCCUCAAACAUGUGAGAAGCUAUUUCUUGCUUUACUGACAGCCAUACAGAGAUAAAUGUACACACAGUGAUCAAACAAACAUGUAUGCUCGAGUUUUUAAUUCUCCAUGCCCUCUUUGCACCUUUACUCUUUUACCUUCAUUACAUGUAACUGUUUCUUCUUUUAUCUGAGUGUUCAUCUUCGCUCAGCGUGGAUGUCUUCCUUUUAAAUGUCACCUACCUCCCUCUUCCUCUGCUUCUCUGAUUCAGCCAAACUGCACAUUUCACAAACCUGAACAGGCCCCACAGCACACCCACAUAAGCAGUUAAAUUCACAACAAAUUGACUCUGGUUGCAUUGAUGUGACUCUGUUUUUUCCUUUUUUUGGUGCAUCUGUAAGUCUUUAUAGGAAAGCCAUCUUAACCCUUGUUCUCAGGGAGUCCUCUUUUAGUCUCUGAAACUUAAGGGCAGAUAUGGUUUUAUGUCCUGGUAUAAGCGGAUAUUUACUUAAAAAUGUGCCAAAGCUAGGUCAAAUAUCAUCGCAUUAUGUCCGUUCUGAUUUCCACUGAUAGCCGUAAGUGCAUGGAAAUGUCUCUAACUGUUUCAUAUGUUUCUGUAAUUGUUUUUUUUUUAUGUGACAGGGGCCCAUGUGCAGCACUAUUGAUACAUGUUAUUAGAUUACAG